GGCACCUGCCGCCGCCUGUCCUCGCCCGUGCGGCUGGCCACGGGCGGCGCCUCCGGCCUGGCCGCGGAGGCACCGCUGCACGUGCUCGUCGCGGAUCGGCCGCCCCUUCGCAACCGCUCCCCCCGGGCGUCUGCGCCAGCGGCCGAGGCGGGCUGCCCGCGCGGGCGGUCGCCCGUGGUGCGGCAGACCACCUGCCCUGCCGCGGUGGUGCCCGCGGGAUGGCGGCAGCGCACGGCCUCGGCCACGCCGGCGGCGGCGCCGACCAGCGUGCGGCAGCCGCUGGUGCAGUGCGCGGCCCCCGCUGCCAGCGGCGCGCUCGCUACGGAGCUGCGGCGGGCGCCAGCGCAGUGCGCGGCGCUGGCCGCGGCGGCCUCGCCAGGCACCCCAGCGGCAUGGGCGCCCGGCCGCCCGCCGCCGUCGCCCUUUGGCUCGGCGACUGGCGGCCCUGCCCUCGCCUCGCCAGAGCGCGGCGUGGAGGUGGGCGCAGCCUCGCCCGCGAGGCCGCCCUCGCCGCAGCGGGCGCGCUCCCCGCUGCGGCAGGCCAGCGUGGCGCAGCCCCAGGCCUUCGCGGCCCGCUCGCCAGCGCCGCCGCCGUGGAGCACGGCGCCCGCGGCGCACGCGCUGCAGGCGGCAGCGCACCUGCCGCGGCCGAUGCCGGCGCCCGCCGGGCUCGCCAGCGGCGUGUGCGAGGCCACCGACUGGGCCGACGCGCUGGCCUCGCGGUUCCCGGCGGCGAGCCCGGCGCCCGCCGCCGACGCGCUGGCCUCUUCGAGAUUUCCCCUGGUGAGCCCGCCGUCCGCCACCGCCAGCGGCCGCGGGCGCGCCGUCGGCGGCUCUCCGCCCGCCGCCUCGCCCCCCGCCCCGUGGUGGGCGAGCCCCGCCGUGCCCCCGCCGCCGCGGGCCGCCGCCGCGGAGCGCCCCGCGGCGGCGAGGCAGCCGCCUGCGCCGCCGGCCGAGACGCCUCCCAUGGCGACGCCGAAGUGGCCGCCGAGCGUCCCCGCCGCGUGGGGCGGCUGCGCCGGGCAGCGCGCCCCCGCGGCGGAGAAGCCGGCGCCGGCCGCGCCGGCCGCGGUCCCGCCGCCGGCCGCGCCCGCGCCGCCGCCCCGCGGGGAGGACACCGCGGGCUACGCCAGCACACUGCAGCAGCUCGGCGCGGCCGCGGAGGCGCAGGGGGACCUGAGGAGGGCCGAGGAGCUGUACGAGCAGGCCCUGGUCAUCAGGAAGGCCACCGCGGGCGAGUCGUCGCUCGGGUACGCCAGGGCAGCCUUCAGCCUGGCCCGCGUCGUCGAGGCGGGGGCUUGGGACCUCCACCGCGCGCUGGAGCUGUUCGAGGCCGCGGAGGCCGCGGGCCGCGCGUCUGGGAGGCCCGACCCCCAGUACGGCCAUGCGGUCGCCCGGGUGCGGGAGCGGCUGAAGACGUGGACGCGGCACUGCUUGUGA